AACCGUUAAAAAGACCAAAACUGAAAAAUUAAUUUGAUAUAAGUCAGUGGUACUAGUGGAUAUAUAUACAACUCAUAUAUAUCUCUAACUGUAAAUAGAAGACAGAUAACUUCCUACUCACUAACUUCCCUUCCCUUUUCUUCCCUCUCAAAAAAAUUAAACUAUUUUAAUUCCGACCAUGAAUUUCGGUUCUCGGGCGACUGAAGACGGCGGAAGCAGUAGAUCCGGCGGUAAAGUGGUGAAACGACGACGUAUUGGUGUAAAAAAAAGCACUCCUUAUGACCGUCCAAGUUCAAGUAUGGAAACGAACCCUAAUAAUAAUUGGAUUAAAAAUGGAGUUCUUUUUCCGGCCAAGUUUGUCGCUAGUGGUGCAACCAAACUUUUUUCUUCUAUUUGGAAUCCUGUUAGUUGGGCCUCUCGUUCUGUUUCCACUUCAGACACUGAUUCUGAUUCAGAAGGUGGUAUAGAAGAUAAUAAUGGUGGGAAAAACGUUUCUGAUUCUGGUUCUCAGCUGAAUCAGCAUAAUACUGGCAGUUUGUCGGGAAAGAGUGAGAUAUUGUAUUUAGUUGAACAACUACUUAUGCUCGAAAGCUACUCAAGGGAAGAGUGUGAUCGACUAAUUGAGAUCAUCAAUUCGCGAGGUGCGGAUUAUUCCCCGAGAGAGGGUGUGGAUGCCGAGCCAAAGAAUCUAUAUACCCACAACAAAGCCAUCAUGGAAGCAAGAAAAUUGAUCACAGAAAACAUGGUUGGAUCAAGCUCAAAGUCGGACUUGGACAAUAACAUUCAGGCCUCCAAAUCUCCAGUUACACCAAAUAGGGAUCAUCUUUCUGGUGGAUCAUGGAACCUUCAGAAUGAAGUACAACAGUUGCAUUCCAAGGCCGUAGAUACAAUGAAACCAAGUGAACCGAUCUCCAUAGAAGCUCCAAAACCGGAUGAUAAAAUUAUGAACCUGUCUUUGAAGGAUACGAGGACCACUCAAGAUACUGCACCAAAUGAAGCCUUGUCAUCCCUUCCAACAAUUGAGGAGUAUAAUCAGAUGGCAGAAGAAAACGAAGGUGAAGAUGAGUUUACAGACGUUCCUGAUGUUAACGCUUCUCAGGGUAGCUCUACCACCAAUUUGCGCCGCUCUACCCGAAAGCUUGAUAGCCCAACUGCAAACCGAGCAGUGGCAAGAAGCAGGAGGUACACCAAAAGAGGCAGGGGCCGUGGCAAAUGAUUUGUGGUAAUGGUUAGUGCUCUACAAGCAUUGCUUGUAAUUAGCUAACUAGACAAAUCUUUCUGUAACUUUUACGGUUGAUUGAGAGCCAGUGACUGUAAGCCUUUUUAGGGUUUACAUUCUUGGUAUUUGUUUAUUUCUUUUAGACUACAAUGUAUUUGUAUCUAACUAAUCCAUUCUCUGAUCAUGUGUAAUUUCGGUAGUAUAUCGUGAAGAGUUGUAAUUGUAACAUGUAACAUUGUAAUUUACUGUAACUCUAUUGUUGUAUCUCCUCGAAAUUUAAUAAAUUUAUUUUGACAACAAA